UGGCAGGGAAAUAAAGAGGGCACCGCAGUAAUGCAACCCGGGACACCGCCGGGCUGUCGGCACUGUACUGACGUCACGUCUCAGGAGAGGAUUUCCCGCCCCACAGCUUCUGACCCAAUCACAGCCUCUGAUUUCUCUAUCUUUCUCAUUUGCUAACGAUGCAGCUGUCAGCCACUUGGGGUCGAAGGUCAGAGCGAAUCCAAGAUGGCGCACUAGCGAGGAGGAGGUGAGAGCGGGCCCGGUGUAUAGGCAUAGAUAGAUGUGAUGCAUCUAUAUGACCCAAUUUCUUUUUGAAACCUGUCCUCAUGAUUUCCUCCCAGCCACUGGGGGUCAGUCCCCAGCUCAGCCCACAGGAGCUCUCCCUUCAGAUCAAGUCAUUCUUAAGUGGCUCCGAUCCCCAGCACGGACAGAAACUGAGCCCUCGUGACCAUGCUCGCUGCUCCUUGUUACUGCUACGCUGCCUUCCUCCUGCACGCCAUGCUGUACUGGAACAUCUGCGCUCUGUUUUUCAUGACGGUGUCUCUUCUUUCUUAAGUGAAAGAAGUUCUCAAGACUCCCUUCCACAGUCCUCAUCCUCUCAACGUCGAGGGCCACCUCCCCCAUCCACUCUUGGUCUGGCUGAAGUGACGCAGGAAGUGCAGAAGGUUUUAGAGGAGUUUAUUAGGCUGAAUCCCAGGGCUUGGGCACCUCUAAUUUCUGCCUGGUCUAUUGAGCUUAUGGGACAGUUGAGCAGCAAGCAUGCAAACAGACAGGGCAUGCCGCACUCUACAAGCCUUAAUGAACUGUUGCAACUAUGGAUGUCCUGUGGAGCUACACGUGUUCUUAUGGACAUCUAUACUCAUUGCCUGUCUACUAUGAUUGACAGCUGCCCAGAUGCUUGUGUGGAUGCUUUACUAGAUACCUCAGUACAACACUCUCCACACUUUGACUGGGUGGUAGCUCACAUUGGGAAUUCUUUUCCAAGUACCAUAAUUAGCCGAGUGCUAUCUUGUGGCCUGAAGGAUUUCUGUGCACACAACUCACCUGCUGAGACUCCUGAGAAGCGAGUGCCAAAGCUAGGCUCAGUAGUGGGCAUUCUAGGACAUUUAAGUUCACGCCAUGGAAACAGCAUUCGUCAAGAGAUCCUUAGGAUGUUUCAUGAAAGCUUGCGGCCUGGGAGCAAGCAGCAGAGAGCAACACUGCCUUAUCUCUUACAACUUGCUGCUCUCUCGCCAUCCUUGUUGGGAACUGUUUGCCAAGACUUGGUGGAUUCUUUGAAGCCCUCCACAUUAGCCCAACUGCAACAGCACUGCUCUACGCUUCCUAGAGAGGAACUGGACAACAUGCUGAACUUGUGUGUGCAUCUGGCAUGCCAGACUUCCACAGGUGCCCCAAGACUCCUGCGUUUUCUUCUGGAUACAGCAAUGCCUGCCUCUGUCAUAACCACACCAGGGCUGGCAGUGCAUGACUCUGUGAGGGAAGCCUGUGACCGCAUUGUGAGGCUUAUGCUACUCAAUUUUCAGAAACAAGUAUAUGGACGGACAGGGGUAAGAGGUCCAUCUGACGCCCAGCCACGAGCUGUGCCCUUCUUGGAUGCCAUGAGAGGAAAUCUGAGAGAGAUGUGUGCCGAAAUGCUGCGUUUAGAAAGGAAACGCCACCUAUGGCUUCAUCAACUUCUGGGCUUGUUGUGUAUAUAUAGUAGCCCCUCGUGUGCCCCAGAAGCACUGUGUCUGUUACUCACCAUGGCUCAGAGUUCUGAGGAGCUUGGCCUAGCAGUCCAGCUUCAUGCUGUCCUCUCUUCCUCUAUGCAAGGUUUAGCUCAAGCUGCUGUAACCCGCUGUGUAGAUCAGAUUCAUGCAGGCUCCCUUACAGAUAAGAGAGCACUUCAGCUUCUGCAGAAUUUGGCACUAGUGGUUCAGAGUGAAGAAGGGGGUAUGGGGAGGGAAGUAGGGGUGGCACUAUCUGAGCACUUAUCUGAUUUUGGUCAUCUGCUUCUACACAACAAUCCUGGAGUGUGUGAGGCUGCCUGUCUACUACUGUGCUGCUGUCCCUUGCCACCUUCUUUACCUCCAGCCCAGCUCCAUCUCCUUAUCCGCUCAUCCUCUUACCUCCUGUUUCGUUCAAUGCACAUACGCAGCAGUACGGGAAUAAGCAAUGCCUCCUGGCUACUCUUGCAGCUCUGCAAAGUAUCUCCUGCUGGUAGGAAAGCAGUCCUGCACCAGCUAGUGGAAGGGGCUCUGCAUCAAGGAAAUGCGGGACUAUUUGGAGGGCAAGGCUCCAUCGCUGUGGCUGAAAAACUAGAGGGAGUGGCUGCUUCGCUUCUGGAAAAUAACAGUCAUCUUGGCUCUACUGUAGACUUUUCAGGAAGUGUGUGGUCUGUUUUUCAUGCAGGAGUGAUUGGAUCAGGGUUAAAGCCAGAGGAGAAAAGUACACAGAGCGGGCAGGAAGAAUGUGCAGAAAACACUCAAAGUCUGCUUUCUCUAUUAUGCGGCUGCUGUGCCAAAAAGGAGGAUGGAGAUGAACAGCUGGCUACAUUAGACCCUGAGGCAGCCAAGACACUGGCAGUAACAAUAACUGAAUGUGCAUGCCCUGAUGUGACCAACAGUGAGUUGGCGUGGCCUCCCGAGGAGCAUGCACGUACCACAGUGCAAAGAGACUUACUCAUCUACAUGUGCUUCCGUAAAAAUCCUUUACUUUUCCAACUCCUCCAUCUUGUAGCACAGGGCCGCCCUGCCCUCUGCUAUUGUUCAGUGCUGCUCAGAGGUCUUCUUGCUACACUGUUGGCGCAAUGGGAGGCAUCCCGUGAGUUGUCCUCCAUAGAUUCACCAUGGCACCUGAUGGCUUCAUGUGAGUUAGUGUCAUGUAUGGGAGAGGGACAGUUGCUUCCACCAGCCCUCACAAACAUGCAUGAGAUGCUCCCCCUCCUUGCACCAUAUGAGGUCCGCUUGCUUCUCCUAAGUGUCUGGGACUUUGUUCGAGAAAAUGGUCCUUUCCCCCAAAGAUUUGUGUUUCAGACAGAAAGAGGGACAUUUAGCAGAGAUUUCACACGAGAGGGUGACCCUGCCAAAUACAUGGGUAUUGUCCACAGUGUGUUACAUCGCAACAUUGACCGCCUUGGGCUGCUGUCUGGCAGGUUCCAAUUAUGACCACCUUGGGCUGUUCUCUAGGAGGUUAACGUUUUGCUGUAGCACAUGAACAGCUGUGUUUACUUUUCCAUUGGAAAUAUGAAUAUAUGUCCUGUUUCUGUAUGAUUUGAACAAAAAAUUUAAAAAAAUCAAUCGCGUAAUAAAACUUUAUGUUCCAUAGAAAAGCAAAAUGAUUAAAAAAAACAAGGUUACUCAGAGCUGGAUGCAGUUGCAGUAGUGACUUUUGCAGCUACUCAUGCUAUUUAGAUGCCCUUCAGCUGUGGCAUGAUACUGUCAAUAUGAAUACAUAGAUGUACCAUCGACCAUUGCACCUGCCAAGUGACAAUGGUCGCUGGUGUCAAUGCAGCUGCCUCUUUAAACAGAGUUACUGACACUGAUACGCCCGCAGCUGAUAGCCACCCCUCCAGUUACUAUCCAGAAACACCCAUUGAAAUUGCAUUAUCUCCCAGCUGUAACACGCAGUGCAUCCUGUAUGCGUUCGCAGAGGAAAAUCAUUAGAGGCAACAGACUCCUAAUCACCCCUGCAAUAUUGUCUCAUAAGGGAGAUAGAACAGACCUAUGUUAGUGCAUGUUUGCCUUAGAUGUUCUGCUGUUACGUAUGUUAUAUAAAUGAGAGUUUAUGGUAAAUAUUUCUAUUGCACUCACACUUGUGCUGUUACAGUGCCUUAGUACAGCUGUGUCAUUAGUUCUCCUAGAUACAGCUCAUCUGUUUCAUAUAAAGCUAACAUGAAAGUAAAAUUAUUACCGUUAAAUGGUUAAAAAAAUAAAAUAAAGAAAAAUUCAAAUAAA